AUGUCUACAGGUAAUACUCCAUCGCAACAUGAAUCGACUUUGGCGAUAUCGCCGUUUGUGACGAACCGGGGCAGAUCGCAGCAGGAGCAGCGUCGAGUGAUGAUGCCUAGCACGGGCGAAGACAGUCUGGGGCCAUCAGGGAUGGCAGACAGUGGGACACACACGCCGCGCAACAGCGUCGUGCACAGCCCGCUGGUGCAGAAGACGCAGCUGGGUACGCCGUACAUGGCGGAGGGUGCGGCGACGGGCGGGCUACUGGGGUCGAUGUCCAAAACCGCGCUGUUCGGGCCGGCGGUGCCGUCGACGCUGCGCAAGGUGAGCAACGUGCGGGAGUACCGGCGGCCGGGGGACAGCGACGGCGAGGGCGGGGAGGGGUACGGCGUGGACUUGGCGGAGCUGUCCGCGGCGGAGAAGCUCCGGCUUUGGCGGCACGACGCGCUUAUGCAGCACCACUACCGUACGGCCGAGUAUAUCGGCGACAAGGUGUACUCGAUGACGCGGGACCCCAACGACGCGUUCUGGCUUGCGCAGGUGUACUACAACAUGGGGCAGUACAUCCGCGCGGUGGAGUUGCUUUCGCGCGACGGGCUAGACGCAUCCAGCGUGAUGUGUCGAUACCUCACGGCGCUGUGUCUUGUGAAGAUGGAGAAGUACGACGACGCGCUAGACAUUGUCGGCGAGGUGAAUCCGUUCAAGGACGACUCUGCGGAGCAUGUGCGCAACCUCGACGGCGGAAUCAAGUUGGAGUCGUCGCUUUGCUACUUGCGGGGCGAGAUCUAUUCGGCACAGAACAACCUUGAUCUGGCAAAGGAAUGCUUCAAGGAGGCUGUGUGUGUGGACGUGAAGAAUUUCGAAGCCUUCGACCGCCUAAUAUCCAACAAUAUGCUCACGCCCGAUGAGGAGACGGAGUUUAUCGCCAGGUUGGACUUCACCGACUUGGACGACAACCAGGAGUUGAUACGGUGUCUCUACAGCACGAAGCUAUCGAAGUACGGCGAUCUCACGAAGUUGAAGGCGGCGCAUCGGUUCUUGCUGGACGAAUAUCAUUUGGAGGACAACAAGGACGUCCAAACCACGGAAAUCGAGCUACUCAUAUUCCAGGGCAAGUACCUGGAGUGCUUGGAGCUCUGCGAAAAGGUGUUGGAGCAGGACGAGUUCAACUUUGACGUCCUUCCGACGUACGUGCAGUGUCUAUACGAACUCGGAGGCAAAAAUAAGCUCUUCUUGGUGUCACACAAGUUGGCAGAGAGUUUUCCAAAAAGCUCGGUUACAUGGUUUGCGGUAGGCACCUACUACUUCUCCAUCAACAACAUCACCGAAGCCCGGAAGUAUUUUUCAAAAGCAUCCGUCCUAGAUCCAAACUUCGGUUACGCAUGGUUGGGGUUUGCCCACACCUACGCUGUAGAGGGCGAGCAUGAGCAGGCCUUAUCCGCGUACUCUACGGCUGCACGUUUCUUCCCGGGAACGCACUUACCGCAUUUGUACUUGGGGAUGCAGUACUCUCGUAUGGACACGUUGACCCUCGCUGAGGAGUACUUUAUGAUGGCGUACGAUAUAUGUCCGACCGACCCGCUCCUCUUGAACGAACUUGGUGUUGUCUAUUUCAAGAAGAUGGACUAUCCGAGGGCGAAGAAGUUCUUCAAGCGUGCCUGCGAGGCAAUCAAUAUGCAGCAAUCGGACGCCUCGUCUGUUGCAAUAUCGACGUACCUAAAUCUAGGGCACACAUACCGAAAACUUGACGAGGAUGAGCGGGCUUUGCAUUGCUUUAAAACAGUUUUAGAGCGCUGGAAACCGUCUGCCAACGUGUGGUGCGCUCUGGCGACGGUUUAUUUAAAAAUGAAAAAACUACAGAAGGCCAUUGACGCCUUGCAUUCGGUGCUGGCUAUGGAGCCCAACCACCAGACGGGUCAGCAGUUGCUAAAAAUAGCAUUGGACGUUAACGUUCACCUGCCGUUGGACAACGGUCAUCCGUUGAUGGUUAGCGCCAAAAUUAGCGAAAAUAUGAAGAUGAGCUCCAACGAUAAAAAGCGCUCCCUGGGGAACAUCGAUCCAGUGGUAAUAGCAAAGCGCUUGAAGCAGGGCAGUACGUCAUCUGAUGAGGGUGAUUCCAUGGAUAUAGAGUAG